AAAUACUCGCUCUCGCUCUCUCUCUCGCUCUCUCUCUCUCGCUCUCUUUUUCAGGACACUGGGAAGUGAUCCUCUCAAGUCAGCCAAGCUGGAAAUACCGACCAGGCCACAGUCACUUUCCAAAUUUAACCCAGUGCAGUGGUGGGUCCAGGGGCCUGAUUGGUCACCCUCUGUUGGAUAGUAUCAGUCUGGCAGUGUCACGCUGUACGACCAGGAGCUGGUCUUUGGCUCUGCAGAUCUGUGGGUAUUGCUCUCUCCCCAUGUCCAUAUGGACCCCAUGAUGAAGGAGGAUGAUACUGAGGAGACAGAGAUAGACCUGGGAGAUUCUGAACCGGAGGAUUCAGAUGAGCGGGAGGAGCCGGAGCCCUUGUGGAAGGCUCCUGCAAGGGAGGAGGAGGAGGAGGAGGACAUGACAUCAGCGUUGGUGGACAUCAGUGAUACCAAGCCUCUGCUCAACAUCAGAGACCCCCGGGGAACCAAUGACUGUCUGAAGGUCACCUUUGAGGAUGUGAUAGCCGAGCCGGUGUCAGUGCGUAGUGGAGACAGGGUGUGGAUGUGGAGUAAUGCCCUGUUUGAGGUCACUAGGGUGUGGAUCUACAGGAUCGUCACAGUCCUGCUGGCUGUUCCAGUCUCCAUCCUCUCUGGACUCCUCUUUGCCAUCCUCAGCUGCCUCCACAUCUGGAUGGUUAGCCCCUUCAUUCAGAGUCUCCUCAUAGGCUCCAGCUGCCUGCAGGCGUGGUGGAGCAUAGUCCUGGAUGUCGCCGUGCGUCCCUUUCUCUCCAGCGCCGGCAAGUGCUGUGGAGGCAUCAGUGUUCACCUGGCACGGGAAUGAGAGGAUCUCUGUCACAUGUGGGACCAGGUUUGGGAUGGUCCCCUAUGCAGUCCUGUGCUGUGUUCUCUGGCUGAGGUCCUCUAGAUGGCCUCACUGUAUGUCCGGGCUUGAGCCAGGAUGUCUGAGAGCUUUCACUGACUGGACCUCUGAGCUCAGAACAGACUGGAGACUUGAAACAGUGUCUGAUGAUAUACAUACAUAGGUAAAUCAUGGUGUGAGGUUAAAUACCUACAUUGGUAUUACAUGUAGCACCUUUAUCAGAAUUGCAUGCAAUUUACAUAUUGCGUACUUGAUGGACACGCUUGGUUCAGGUGCACUUCUGACAUCUAGAUUAUUCUCUCAAUGAAGACUCACUACAGUUCAGUACCAAAGUCAUUAAAAACAACAACUGAAACAUUAAAA